CGUUUCACUGUGGAAAAUAUAUUUUUUCCCACAUUUCCAAACUUUGAAACGGGUCAAUUUUGACCCGCAGGACGACACGAGGGUUAAGCGACUUAAGUUGUCAAAACAUCUCGAGGCCUCCCCUGGUUCAAACUGCCUCACACUCCACCAACCAACUGGAACAGCGGCUCCAACGCCAUCACAUCACAACCGCGACUAACGUCCGUCUGUCAUGGCAACCGUGUUUCUGGUAGUUCGGGUGAUCAUACGACUACCAAACUUCAUAAACCGUCACUCGAGAGUUGAGUUGUGGAGCUGCAUCCUUCGUUUUUCACCAUGAGGGGUGUGGCUGCUCUUGUUUUGCUGCUGUCAGGUCUGCGUCUGAGUCGACCUUGUUACAGAGAGGCAACGAUUCUGAUCUGCCAGGAGAUCCCAUCAUAUUUUGACCCUGGUUGUUCCACUCUGGUGAUGUUCCCUAAAAUGUUGGAGAGAUCAACUCCACGGUGUUCCACAGUGACAGCCUCAUCAACAUUACCAAGCUCACCUUCAACAACGCCGGCAUCACAGCAAUCGAAGAAUCCGCCUUCAGCUCGCUUCCUAAUCUCAGAAAUCUCAGUUUAGAUGGGAACAUGUUGUCACAGACGAGCCCAGGCUGGUUUGGAGAUCCUUCUGUCCUCGCUGAGAUCAGUCUGACACAAAAUCUAUUUGAAGUUGUCACCAAGUUCAUGCUUGACGGACUCGUCAACCUGAAAACUCUGCGACUGAAUAAGAACAGAAUCAGAAUGAUUGGUGUUAUGAGUUUCAGCUCCCUGACCAUGUUGGCUGAGUUGGACUUGUCUGAGAACAGGUUGACUCGAGUCUCACCCCAAGUCUUCAGGUCUCUAAACUCCACCAGGAUCAGACUGGACGGGAACCCCUGGGACUGUUCAUGCGGAGUCCAAGACUUUGUCGACUUCCUGAAAGAGCUACGGAGCAGAUCUCUGCUGGACAGACAGAUGGACGUGACCUGUGAGACUCCACCGUCUCUGAAGGGACGACCUGUUUGGAACGUGUCGGUCUGUACGACAUCUUCACCUGAAUCACCAAGAAGUGACCCUGGACCCACUGAUGCACCAGUAACACGCCCUGCAUCCACUGGAUCCCAUGUGACGUCACCUCUGUCAGGUACAAGCUCCUCCAUCCACCCUCAACCAACCAAGUUUCCUUCUAAACCUACAGGGCCGACUGUUCCUGCAGCUUCUUCAUCACAGCCCCCACCAGACACAAAUAUCGUCUGCAUAUUUUCUGCUGUAAUCGUGGUCCUGUGCGUGCUGCUGUUUGUGGUGGGUUUCCUGGCUUUGCAUCGCAGACGGAAACGCCAAAACAAAACCGUGACGCCCGUACGUCCGACAGAAGAGAAGAAGAAGAAGCUGGAAGAAGAAGACGGCUUGAGCGGAGACCUGGAGGAGGGUUGGAGGAAAUCUUUUACCGGAGUCAGAGCGAAGUCGGCAAAUGCAGUCAUCCUCACGUCUCAUUUUUGUGUUUCUGGGAAAGAUCAGGUGACUUUACAAAGUGAGAAAACAGAAAACCGAGAUGAGCGGAAGCAGAAAGUGGUGGAUCAAAGUGGAGCAGAAGAAGAAGGAGGAAGUCAGACAGAAAAUCUCACAAACACCACAGACAUAAUGGAGAAAAGUAAGAAGACAGUGGAACUUAGUAGGAAUGUAGACGAUCUUUGUGUAGUUCCUUAUCUGAGCAUCGGAACCAACCGGAACAAACAAAGUCCUGAUGAAGAAUCCACAGAAAGUCAGGGAACAAAGAUGGGAAAAGUGAUGGGGAGGACCUCCACCUGGCCUCCGACUGCAGCUCAGUGGCAGGAAAGAUGCAAAAUGAGAGAAAAAGAAGAAGAGGGGGAGGAGGGGGAGGAAGGUGAUGGCUACAUUUUCGAGGCACAAAACAUAACCAAGAAGUUCCCAGGUGAAGAGAAGAUGGAGAUGGAGCAGGAAGUGGAAACAAAUAUGAACUCCCAUGAUGCCUCAGAGCAGCUAAAGAAGGAACCAGAGCUCCAGGAAGCCACUAAUAAAGCCCAAAAGAGUCAAACCCAAGACCUGAAACCUGUAGAAGAUCCUCCACAGGAGAGCAGCAGCAAAUCAGACGUGAGGAAAGAACCGAGUCGAGCUGCGACCAGCAGACGUAGAGCUGAAACCAGAGCUGCUGCUGCUGCAGGAUCCAAGCCUCCGUCCGGUGGAGCUUCACCCGACGACGAAACGCUGCUGUCGGGAAACGAGUACGCCUUCAUGGACCUGCUGCACGAGGUCUCUCAGAACAACGGCCGCUGGACCAGAGAGAGGUGGAGGCAGAUGCAGGCCAACAAGCAGCGGAGAUAAAACAGAUGUCGAUAAAGGUUUCUGGCUGGGUGGAGAUGUAAUCAACUAACCAGCCACACCGAGGAAGUGCACCAGGCUAUGUAAGCCAGCUGCAUCUGCUCAGCUCCACACCACACCUCACCUCCAGCAAGCCAGCCAGCAAGCCA